AUGUCCAGUGACGUAAAUACAAAGAAUACGGUGAAAGAGAAGGGAGAUUUGCAGUCCGAGAUGGAUGAUAAAGCGAAAGAAUUGGAAAUAAACUUAGAGGAGAUUGAACUCCCAGUACCUCCGGAUGGAGGUUGGUCCUGGGCGGUGUUAUUGGGUAGCUUUAUCUGCAUGUUCUGCGUCGAUGGCCUCUCCUUCUCCUUCGGAGUUCUUCUAUCUGACCUCCAGACGAGUUUUGAGUGCACCACAACAAAAAUUUCAGUGGCUAGCUCCCUGAUUGUCGGAUUCACACUCAUCUCAGGUCCGGUUGUCAGUGCAGUGUCAAAUAUAUUAAGCUUUCGCUCUUUGGUCUUAGUGGGCUCCGGAAUAUCGUUUUGCUCGGUGCUGGCCUGCGCCUUCGUCUACGAUGUCAACAUUUUCAUCGUCCUCUUUGGCUUUGUUACUGUUGGCGUUGAAACAGUUUCACCGAACCGUUUUACGAACAGAUUAGCUGAGUUUAAAACAACAAUUGCUCGUGUGGUCGAUGUCCCUCAGAGCCAGAUAUUGGCUCACUUCGGCCGUGCUGUCAGCCUUCAAAUCCCGUUGAUUAGCGUACAAUGUACUUCGAAGGUCGCUAGCAAGUCCUACGCUCUGGCCGAUGAUUCCUCCGCCGCCCAGAGAUACACAUACAAACACAUUCAGAAAAGACAAAUGCGGCAGUCCUCUGCCCCUUUCAAUCGCGGUCACCUCUGCCCCAUUGAUUUCACGGAUCUGUCCAAGCCAAGGCGGCACGUGCGCACCGGCAUCGGCGCCGGCACUGCGAUGCAUGCAUGCGUGGGAUUUAAGACGAGGGUCAUUCCAGACAUAGUAGUCGGAUAUCAAAAGGUGAGUUUAUUGGAGGAAUGCACCAGCUAUGGCAUGAUCUACCUGCCAGCAGCGACGAUAGUGUCCCAGUGGUUUGCAAAGCUUCGUGCUACUGCUACAGGCAUCUCCAUGUGCGGUAGCAGUAUAGGCACCGCCGUCUACUCUGCCAUCCUGCCGAAGCUGCUGAAGAUCUAUUCCUGGCGCGGGUGCAUGGCCAUCAUGGCAGCAAUGUCGUUGCAUUGCUUUGCUGCUGGCUGCCUUUUCAUUCCCCUACGCGACUAUCAGAGAGGCCAUCCAGUUAAGAAGUCUGAGACGGAGAGAGAGGCAGAGGUGGAAGAUGCUUCCAGUAGACCCAAAAAUGGCCUCAGCGACGCCAGAUUCAGGCGUUCAGUAACACCCAACUUGGGUUCUGUGGCAGAGAGUGGAUAUCUAAAGCAUGCGGAUACUGAUCCGGAGUCUCCAACGCCAGUGCUUUUAAAGGUGCCGAAGUUAGAUCGUAGUGACCCACUGAGUCAUCGUGUCCCCAACUUCCCAGCAUCAGUAGUGAAGGAUCUACUGGAAUCUCAGAGUAUUCAUGGGAGUGGGGAUAUGGUGCGUAUUCAGGGGAUCGAGAAGCAUCAACCACCAAUGGUUGGCUUGAGUACGGUGAAUAGAGUGGUGGGAGAAGUUCUGUCUCAUCAGGAUCACAGUCGCACUCAGUCCUCGCGUCGACGCACCGUCUCCGUUGAGCCCUCGCCUGGGGCCUCUGUCUACGUCAAGACGGGAGGGAAUCAGCUCUUCGCCUCCGCCGUCUCUCUCCGCCCGAUCGCCGAUGCGGGUGUCCACGUGGAUCCCUUUAUCCGACGUGAGAUCGUGCACAAGUUGGAGCGGGAAAUGGACCUGCCCGCGAAUCGCAAAGACUUUUUCUACUCCGCUAGCAUGGUUCAUGUCAAUGAAUACGUCUCCUCCUCGAACGUGAACGAGUACAUACGCAGCGUGACGAAGAUAGGGGCGGGCGAGAUAGAGGAGGAGGGGACUGUGGCGCGUCCUCCCAAUCACGUCCUCAAGAUGCUAAGCGAACUCUUCGACUUUGGCCUCCUUCGUAGCCCCACCUUCCUUCUCCUCCUUGCAUCCAGCGUCUUUGGCCUUCUUGGUUACCCAGUGCCUUACGUGUUUCUGUCAGAUGAGGCUCAAACUCUCGGCUACUCGUCCGAGGCAUCGGCUAACCUCCUUGUCUACCUAUCCUCUGUCAACACUGUUGGUCGUGUGAUGGCAGGCGUGAUCUCGGACUGGCCGUGCACGGAUGCACUGUUUGUGAACAAUGCAGCCCUCAUCAUCUCCGGCGUUGCAUGUGUCGUCCUGCCUCUGAUGCCCUCCUACAUCGGUCACGUCGCCUACGCUGUCACCUUCGGUCUGGCCAUUGCGGCCUUUGUGUCCCUGCGUAUAAUUUUGCUCGUGGAGAUGUUGGGAUUGGAGCGUCUUACAAAUGCCUUUGGAUUCCUGCUGCUCUUCCAAGGUCUUGCCUUCAUCGUCUCGCCACCCAUACUGGCAUCGUUCUACGAUCUGUUGAAGAGCUAUAAUUACACCUUCAUCUUGGGCGGGGCGAGCCUCAUCUUAUCCGCACUGCUCUGCUUCCCCCUGCGUCCCAUCCUGCGCUGGGAGCGACGGCGACGCGGCGAGGUGGUGCCACCUCAUGAAAGCGGUCACUGUAUCCGUCUAGUGCGACAUAUUCGCGAUCGUUUUACCGUAUGA